UUCCUUUAACUUAGAAUUUUCACUCUAAUUCUCUUCUCAUUUUUUUAAUAACGAAUUGUAGCAUUAAUGAAAAAAACUUCAGUUAAUAAAAGUAUUCUGCUUAUUUAAAAAAAAAAUCAAGUUAAUGUCUGAAAAUAUUAUAAUAUUUUAUAAAGUUAGAUACCUUUUAUGGAAUAGGAGAGGGUUAUCAAGGUAUGAUAAAGCUAGUACCACUUCUGGAUAUUCUGAAGAAUUUCAAUCUCUUAAGAUUGGAAUUAACUCACGCUCACAAAUAAAAAAGUGUUUAACGAAAUCAAAGAACUAUCAAGAUGAAAAAUAGAGGCUUGGACAGCAAAUAUAGUUGGAUGGUAGCUGUAGCUGGAAGUAUAGUCUUCCUUCUGACGACUUGGCCGAUGAGAUUAGGCUCCCAACUCUUUGUAUUCAUGAUAGAACGUUAUGAUACAACCCGAAAAGCAGCUUCGUUUCCGUUCUCUCUGUCCUACUUUAUGCGAAGCAUUUCAGGACCAAUCGUCGGAUUUUUUGGAGAAAAGUUUGGGUUGCAACAGGUAACUCUAUUUGGAUGCUUUUUAUGUGCACUUGGAGUAGGAGGAUGCUUCUUUGCUGAAAAUAUCAUUACUGUCGAUUUAUGUCUAGGCAUUAUUUUUGGAACUGGUUUCGGAUUAUCAACACUAAUAGUUCCUGAAAUUAUAAAUUUGCACUUUGACCAACAUAGAGCCAAGGCAAAUGGUAUAGUCUUUGCUGGGGGUGGCCUAGGAGCCUUCAUAACACCACCAAUCAUUGAAAUGAUUCUUAAUGACUAUGGUGUGUCUGAGACAUUUUUAAUUAUGUGUGCCAUAUUGCUCAAUGCCAUACCGGCAGCUAUGCUCAUGUCUGUACCGAAAACUAGCAAAAAAGUUGUGGAAAUUAAAUCACCAGAAACAUUCAAAGAUAUUAAAAGUGUGAGACCAUCUCAAGACAUAUCGUCAUGCUUACAAUAUCACGCGUCAUGCUUGGAGGAAAAGCCAAAAACAAAUAAAGAAAUUUCGAAUGUUGAGUUUCCUGAAUAUGGCUUUCUCAAUGGUCAUUACAAUCCUGUUGCCAAAACAGAAAUAAUACUAAAUGAAAAGAAUGAAAAUGAAUCGAAGAUUUGUACGGAAGACGAAUACUUGUCGAAAAAUCCAGAUUUUAAAAUAGUAAAUGAAUCUAAAAUGUCAAUGUCUGAUGUCUUCUUUCCCCACGAGGUCAACUUUUCGAAAUCGAACUUUCUCGGACGUUCACGUCAAGGUCGGAGAUUGACCCCAGUGUUAAUUGACGUGAGAAACCUAAGAAAGCCGAGUCUUCCGGGCUCAACGGAAAGCUUGCAAACACUGAAUGAAAUUGAAGCACUUGAAAAACUUUCUACCAAAUCACCUUAUGCUUCUUGUAACGUACUAUGGGAUCCCGUAUUUUUAACCUUAACUUUGAUUCAGAGUUUAUCAUUAUACGUAAUGUACAUAUUUUGGACAAUUACAGUUGACAUCGUACGUGAUAAAGGGGUUCACAGAAAUUUAGAAAUAUAUUUUGUGAUGUCUCAGUCACUGUUCGACAUGAUAGGAACAGCGACGUUGGGAAUCAUACCCGACAGUGGAUACAUGUCAGAAGGUAACUUCUGUGCCUUUUGUUUCGGAAGCAUGGGACUUUCCUGCAUCCUACUGAUUUAUGUAUCUGGUUUCUGGCCAACAAUUGUCGGCAUAAGUAUACUCAGUGCAGUGCUUGGUGGAAAUGUAACCGGACUCCCCGGCAUAAUAACUCAGUUUAUAGAUGAAGAUAAAAGAGGGAUGGCAAUGGCAUCUCGGUUUAUAAUGUAUGCCCCCAUGAGCUUCACAAUGUCACCUCUAAUAGGUUACUUCAGAGGAACUUUAGGCUCAUAUGACGGCUUGAUGUAUACGUUGGCAGGAAUGUGCACUUUGUGCACAAUCUUACUUCUGAUAUUGCCACGAGUUAUCAAACGCAAAAACAAAAGAAAGGGUCUUCAAAUCAAAUGAAAUAUUUUUGAAAUACCCCUACCUUGUAAGCUUUUCUUGGAGUAAAAAGAUUAAAAUAAUUAGCGGGGAAAACCUCUUCUGUGGGUGUUUGUUAACCGCUA